GUGACUCAGAUGAUGGUGACGGCAGCUGGGAGAGGAGGUUAGCCGAGCUACGCUGCAUAGAUGCUCUCACUGCCGCACACAACAGAAAGCAAGAACAAGGCAAAAAUCCAAUGAUGGACGGGUUCGCAGGGGACAUACUGAAUGGCGGCCGAGCUCUUCUGGGCGAGGACAGCUCUGUGAUGGCCCGCAUGCAGAAGAAGUUCUGGAAGACCAAACAGGUCCUAAUCAAAGCCACAGGCAAGAAGGAGGACGAGUAUGUGGUGGCGUCUGACUCUGAUGUGGACGCCAAACUCGAGUUCUUUCGCUCGGUUCAGGCCACAUGCACAGAGCUGUUGAAAGUGAUUGAGAAGUACCAGCACAGGAUUACACGCUUGUCUCAGGAGGAAAACGAGCUUGGCCUGUUUCUGCGCUUCCAGGGCGAACAUGAUCGCACCAAGGCUGGCAACAUGAUGGACGCCACUAGCAAGGCCCUGUGCACCUCUGCCAAGCAGAGGAUGGCACUUCGUGCACCACUACACCGUUUGCACCAGGAAGUGGAGACUUUCAGACAGCGUGCCAUCGCUGACACACUGCUGACAGUCAGUCGUAUGGAGAAGGCCCGGACAGAGUACAGAGGAGCUCUGCUCUGGAUGAAAGACAUAUCCCAAGAACUGGACCCAGACACCUACAAACAGCUGGAAAAGUUCCGCAAGGUCCAAACCCAGGUCAGAGGGUCAAAGAGCCAGUUUGAGAAGCUGAAGAAUGAUGUAUGCCAGAAGGUGGACAUGCUGGGAGCGAGCCGCUGCAACAUGCUCUCCCACUCCCUCUGCACCUAUCAGACCACUCUGUUGCACUUUUGGGAGAAGACAGCCCACGCCAUGUCUGGAAUCCACGUGGCCUUCCAAGGACACGUACCAUACCAGUUCACCACACUCAAGGACCUGAGGGAUCCACUGGAUCAGAUACCUGACUCUCCCAAAAAGGAAGAUAAAAAAAAGAAGGCUCCACAGAGCAACACAGACAGUCUGGUAUCCUUGGAUGAUGACGAACCAUCAGGAAGUGCCUUUGCUUCAAAACUCACAGACAGUGAUGAUGGAAACAGCAAAAGCAGUGACUUUGCACAUCAAAAAGCCAUCACAUCCUCUCCAGUCUCACUGGAUCAGAGUAGAGCUGCAGCAGCAGCAACAGCAGCAGCCUCUGAUGACAGCCUGAUGCUCAUGGCCCCAAAGUCACAGCUCCUGACCCUGACGAAUGUCCCACUGCAGCCUCCGCUCCUGUCUCCUUCUGGAGACCAGAGUGAACCCUGGGGCUAUGGAAAUUUCCAGUCCAGCCUCUCUCACCUGCCUGCCUCCGAAUGUCCACCUCUAUCUGCAGGAAUGGGGCUGAGACCAGAAGAUGAGGAGAGUGAGAGGGGUGACAUGGCUUUCCUCAAAGAUCUUCUCAGCCCAGGUCCAGGGGCCAGUGAUGAGUUCAGCAGAGAGUGGCAGGAUGCUUUUGGGAUGUUUGAGCCUCCCAGAGUUCCUCCUGAAGACACGGGGGCAGGGAUUGGUGGACAAGCAGCAUGUCAGCCCAGCCCUGCAGGCUUCCUGCCCUCCCAGCUGCUGGAUCACAGUCUGAGCGCUACAGGUUGGUCAACCCCACCUAUGUUUAAAGCUCCGCCCAUGCAGCCUUCGCCUGAUCAAGGCCAAUCAGCCCAGUGGGCUCCGAGUUCUGCUGUUAAUGCUGCAGCUGCUCCUCCAGGUGGAUCCAAAGACAUGUCUGCCUGGUUUAACCUAUUCGCAGACCUGGACCCGCUUUCCAAUCCAGAUGCCAUUGGACGCUCUGCAGAUGAGCUGCUCAAUGCCUGAGGCUUUGUGUGCGUGCGUAUGUGUGCAACCGUGUGGGCAUUAGUGUAUAUCUCGAAGGAUUACAGAAACUUUCCAUGCCCGCACCCUUAGAAAAACAGUGAAAUACACACAUGUAUUUUGGUUUCAAGGAGACAUGUGCUGCACGUACAAUAACUCCUAUUUCUAACUCACUGGAAAAUAACACUGAACACUGUAAAAGGACAAUGGUCUAUCAUAUUAUAUCAAGAUGGUUGAACUGUUGUGCUCACUGCUGCCCUCUGCAGCUGGAAAAAAGACAGUUCACACAACUCAAGACUCAAAUCUUGUGCGUUACUUUUCACUGUAUGUACUGCGAAAAGAAUUGGUUAAUGGGUGUUCUGUGGACAAGAGUGUGCUUCAGUGUUUUAAUCAUGUUUGCAUUGUUAGGGUGUGUCAGUUUGCUUUGUGUACACACCUCACAAGGUUGUCUAGGAUUUAAGUCUGUUUAAUCUGUAACGUUUGUGUGUAGUUGCACACGUUUGUCAAAGAUGAAUGAAGAGCAUAGUGUAAAUUGACAUGUACUGGAUAUAGAGUCGGUGCGUAUGAGACAAAACACGAUUGUAUGUGAUUGAAGCUCAAUCUGCACUAAAACCCGUUUUUCCACAAAGUUUGAGUUCAUGAUGGUGAUCCUCGUGACUCAGUGCAGCUGUGAGCGUGUUCACGUAGAAAAGCCAGAAUAGUUACAUGUAACCUUUUUAAGAGCAUUAAAUAAGACAAGCAUCAACAGUGGUUCUGUUACUGUCACAGCUGGUGAAAUGUUAUGUAUAAUUAAUAGAGAAGUGGAAAUUUAAGAAAGAUGUGUUUAGGUUAACUCAAACAUGGCUGGCCUUGAUUAAUAAUUUGGCAUAGUGGCUUAGAAUAUAAACUAAUUUAUCUUUUCAUUUUACUUUAUAAUUUUGUGAUUGCCUUUUUUACAACACUAGGAAGUUAUGUUUUUGCCCACAUUUGUGAGUAACCAGGCCAAGUAAUGCUGCUACAGUAAAAUCUGAAUUUAUGGAAGUUAUAAGUUAAUGUUUGUCUUUUGUGAGGGGAAGACUGAAGUAGUUUAAGUGUAAUGUGGCAGCAGGGAAGACCAUUACCUCGAUAGCAAACUCAUUUUCCAAAACAUUGACUAAAGAUGUGAUAAAAACAAUGUUUACACAAAGUCCACUGUAAUCAACCAAAUAUCAAUUAUACAGCCAAGUGUUUAUUCAAUCAGAGCAGAUGUCCAGUCUUAAGUUCGUUCAAAAAUUUGUGAUGGAACUUAGAAAUGUCAUCAACCAACUGCUGCAAGCUGAAUCUAAUACAUGUCUGAUACAGAUGUGUUGAAUAAUAAAGGCCAAAAUAAAACAACCAACCUAGGACAUUUCAUGAUUGAACACGUGGUGGGAUUUCUGACCAGUUAAAAAAAGUCACAUUUGUUUUAGUUGUCUUCUCAUUCAAGAAACUUAUCAGUGUUGAUAUAAAUGUAAAACAAACUAAAAUGACAAACACUAAAAAGAAAAUAUAUACACAUUCAACCAUGUUCAUUCAUCUUUAGUCAUCUUCCUCCUCUGCCUUAAUCUUCUUUUUCUUCUUCUUCUUUUUCGAUGACUGAAAUAAAAAAAGGUUGGUUUUAAAAAGUACCCAAAAAUAAAAACAGUUAUAGAACAGUCAAAACUCUGUAGAUCCAUUUUAAGAGCUGGAAUAAAGACAAAAAUCACUCA